AUGCCGAUAUUUAAUAUCGACUUCUCAACGCCACACCGGCCUACACGUUCAUCGCCGCUCUCCUCUUCUCCCAUCAGACCGAGUUCUCCACCAUUAGGUCCUCGGGAUCCUAACACGCUUCGUCGACUCGAUACUCAGUCUUCGCCUAUACAAGCACCACCUUCUAAAUUCAAGUUUGCUUCGCGUAAUGCAAAGCCAAACCCGUUAAAACUGAACCGAGAAAAUGCGCAAGAGAGUAGGCGGAACUUAUUUUUGCGAAAUGUACGGAAGCGGGCGGACGACAAGAAGUGGGAGAGAAGAGGAGGCGACCAAGAGGCCUUGAAGCUCGAGUGGUCCAUGUUAGAUAGGCAGCGACGAGACCAAAAGAACGCCGAUCUUGACGGUAUGGUAUUUGAAGAUGAAAUCGAAGAUAUUGCCCAACUCCAACACGAAGCAAUAGAUAACCCGGAUGACAUGAUGAUCGACGCCAUAGCGCAGGAAGAGGAAGAGGAACUGGACGCAAUGUUGUCCAUGUUCGAGGCCCAGACCCAAUCAUCUCAGCCACCCGUAGGCGCGGCAUCGCCGGCGAUUUCCGAUGAUGAAGACUAUGACCACCUCUUCAUGGAUUUCUUAUCGCAGCAAGAGCAGAAUAGUCAGGGCUUUAUAUCCUCAGGACAAAUGGAUAUGUCUUGA